CCUGACGACCUCUGACCUUCCCUGAUGGACCCAGCCGCUCCUCCAAACAUCUCUGAUGAUCGAACACAUCCCGGGUCUCCCGGGCUCCAGGAAGCUCAUGAUUCCUCCAGACAGAGAGAAGCCACGACAUUACCCAGAAUCCUCCCCGCCGGUCCCACCAUCCCGACCAGCAGCGUCCCACCCAACCCUCCUCCAUACAGCCCUCGGGAUCCUAAAACAGCCUGCUUCAUGUACCCCUCACCCCUGCCACAUUAUCCCAACCAACCUGGAGUCAAUCCUGCUUUCUACCAGCCCUCCUUCCUCCCUAACUCCACUUAUCCGUCCUACACUAUCUACAUGAACGGGCUGCCACUGGGAGAUGAGCAGCCACCGUUACCUAAAGAUUACCUGGUUGAGUCUCUGCUGGUGACCAUUUUCUGCUGUAUCAUGAGCGGCCUCUUCGCUGUCAUGUACUCGCAUGAAACCCGUGCAGCGCUGAACAGGGGUGACAUCCGCGAAGCUGAGAAAACGUCCCAGAAGGCUCGUCUCCUUAUCAUGUUCAGUUUAAUUUUCGGCACAUUUGUUUUUCUGGGCUGGAUUAGUUAUGUAGUGAUAGUGGUCUGUGUAUAGAAACUUACUUCUGCAUUUAUUUGAUCAAAAAUACAGUAAAACGGGUAAAUAUUAUUAGAGUCUAAAAUAACGGUUUUCUAUGUGAAUAUGUAAUUAAACUGUAAU